AUGGAUGGAAAUGCGUGGGAUUUGGUGGACGAGCCGCUGAAUGCAGUGGGAGCGAUUGGAAGAAGGGAAAGAGAUCCCACAAGUCCGUCAAAAGAAGAAAAGGAAGCGGCUGGAGGAGGAGGGGGACGGUCCACGAGAUCCCCAUCAAAAGUCUCCGGUGUCGAUAGUGAGCGUGUACUCUCGAUUGUCCUUUCCCCUUUUCAGUUCUCCCAGACUCCACUUCGUCGCUCCGUUUCGCCCGUUCCACGAGGGCGGGAAACGAGUGAACCGAGAUAUGUCGAGUGGUCUGAUUACGUGAUGCGAAGUUAUGAGCAUUUACCCACUUUGGCCUAUUCGACUUUUCACGAGUUUCGGAAGAAAGAUGAGAAAAUUCAUUGUAAAAUCACGAUUUACGACAAUUCCUGGUAUUCAGAGCAGAAAGCUUUUGCUUUGGCGUUUAUUAUGAAAUCAUCGGAAAUGUAUUUCACUGGUUCUGGUUUCGAUGAGGAUUUUGAGACGGAUCAUAGGGAAAGAUCUCCCGCUAUCGAUACUUUUCGCAAAGUUGGUCGGAGUUUUUUCGAGAAAAUCGGUUUGGUUGCCAAGCGAAGGGAUCUCGUUCAUGAAACAGCGCCGGCUGAUGAGUUGCCCGAAUACCCACUCGAUGACUUUUGCAAAAGGCCAAUCGAAUUUUUUCAUGAGGAGAAAAAGUUUUCGUUUGAUGAUUUGCUAUCGGCGAAAGAAAAAGAAGAAUUAAAGCCACAAGGAGAAAAAUGUUCGUAUCUGUUUCGUGGUGCAAGUUUGGAGGAAUUGGGUGAAUUCCCGUCGGAUCUUCAGCCUGAAUAUGAAUAUGAUCCGUAUUGUCCGGUGCACGGGAGUCGACGGAGACUCAAAAGGAGAAAAGAUAAACUGAUCACGAUGCAAACACUGAUGAGCAGUGUUGACAAUGCAGACUCGGCAGAUCGAUUACCUAGCUAUAUUUACAGUCAAGACUUUAUUGCGAAAAUCAUCCGAAAGCAGAAACGAUUGCAAAUGAGCGGUGACGAGAAAAGGAGAGCCGACAAGAUUAUGCAGAAAAUAAAGUCAAAUCUCUGGACAAUCUCGUUGGCUUUCCUCUUUUUGUUCACCGCAUUUCAUGGGUUGCAAAAUUUGCAAACAUCGGUCAACGAUCAUUUGGGUGGAGACAGUUUGAUGGCUCACUACGUCUCGUUGGCGAUUUCCUCACUUUUCGUGCCGUCAUUCAUGAUCGAUCGUCUUGGAUGUAAACAAACGUUGAUCAUUUCGAUGUCCAUUUACACUCUCUACAUAUUCACGAAUUUCUUGCCGAGAUAUUAUUCGCUUAUUCCAUCAUCGAUUCUCGCUGGAAUUGCUGGCUCAUGUCUUUGGGGAGCAAAAUGUGCGUACAUUACCGAGUGCGGAAUGAGAUAUGCACGAUUGAAUGUUGAAGCGCCGAAUACAGUCAUUGUCAGAUUUUUCGGCUAUUUUUUCAUGAUCGUACAUUUGGGGCAAGUAUCCGGGAAUCUUAUCUCAUCGUAUAUUCUCGAAGCGGCCAUUGGUUUCGUUCCACCGCACGAUCAAGUCAUUGACACUUGUGGUCACAGUUACCCGAAAAACUUCAGUGAAUUGUCGGAGCGAGCGGCGCUGAAUCUUCUAAGGCCACCACAAUCGGCGAUCGUUUCGGUUUGCGCUGCCUAUCUCGGUUGUGCGAUGGUUGCGGUAAUGAUUGUGGCAAUGUUUCUGAACGCGUUGCACAAGGAUACGAUUAAUCGAACGAAAAAGCCGCAAUUCAACGCGCAAAUUUUGAAACUCUCGCUGAAGAACUUCGCGAAUGUGAAAGUGUUGUUGUUGAUUCCAUUGACAAUAUUCAACGGACUCGAGCAAGCGUUUGUUGUUGGAGUCUACACAAAAUCAUUUGUUGGUUGUGGUUUGGGCAUCUCGCAGAUCGGUUUCGUCAUGACGGCUUUUGGCGUAACAGAUGCGAUUUGCUCGCUCGUUUUUGGUCCUCUAAUUAAACUCUUCGGUCGAACACCGCUUUUCGUUUUCGGUGCCGUGAUCAACAUGCUCAUGAUUGUCACGUUAGCGAUCUGGUCGCUAAACCCAACGGAUUCCCUCGUUUUCUAUGUGAUCGCCGGCGUUUGGGGGAUGGCUGACGGGGUUUGGAAUACACAGAUAAAUGGUUUUUGGGUGGCUUUGGUCGGUCGUCAAUCGUUGGAUCUCGCGUUUGCGAAUUAUCGCUUCUGGGAGAGUCUCGGGAUUGCGCUCGGAUUUCUUUUGUUAAGAUUCACGAGCGUUCAGGAGUUUUUAUGGAUUUCGAUCAGUGUGCUCUUGUUGGGUAUUUGUGGUUACAUUUGCAUUGAGUUGUACGAUUUGAUAAUUAGCUACUUGAAUAUGGAGAAAUUGAUGGAAAUGAUUUGCAUUUGGAGAAGGAAGCCAUUGCCCACACAAGAGCCGACAUCGAUGCAAGUAUCACUGCUCAGCUCGACACCGAUGGCCACAUCAGCAACUCAACCAACCUCAAUGCUCACAUCAACGACGACGAAUCCAGAAACGAUU